AUGUUGUUCAAGCUCCUGGUAGCGACAGCUGCAUUGUCCAGCAAUGCCAUUGCACACCCUCUAUCCUGCAACAGCUCUGCCCCCCAACCCUGGGGCUUCUUUACAAACAACACCAUCUAUCAAACCUCGGGCGACGAGGGAAUAACUUACCCGCGCUAUACUGAGCUCCAAGACGGAACAAUCAUCGCUACAGCGUCCCUCUCCGGUCACAACCCAAACUACUUCCCGAUCUUUGAAUCCAAAGAUGGCGGUGCAUCCUGGGAGCACGUUUCCGAUCUUCAUGACACAGUCAACGGUUGGGGAUUUAGUGCCCAGCCGGCGCUGACGGAAUUGACAGAACCAAUGGGUGGCUACCCAGCCGGUACCAUUCUGGGGGGUGGGAACAGCUGGAGUAACAACGGGACAAGGAUCGAUCUCUAUGCUAGCAGAGACGGUGCGCGGACGUGGGAGUUCGUAAGCCAUGUUGCUGAAGGCGGGAGGCCAAAUACUACAAAUGGCGCGACGCCAAUCUGGGAGCCGUACUUCUUACAGUACCAAGGCCAGUUAGUAGCCUACUACUCAGACCAACGCGACCCCCUGCACGGCCAAAAACUCGCCCACCAAACCUCCACCGACCUAAAAACCUGGGGCCCAGUGGUAAACGAUGUCGCCUACGAAGAGUACCUCGCUCGCCCAGGUAUGACGGUAGUAGCCUUUAUUCCUCCGCUCAACCAAUGGAUUCUCGUCCACGAAUUGCCCAUCGGAAAUUCGUCUUCGUACGGCUCGAACUACCCAGUUUACUACGUCAUGGCCGAUAGCCCGCUAAACUUUCGCAACAGCAUUGGCAGACCCAUCGUUAUUAACAACAGUACGGUGCCGAAUGCAAGUCCGUAUGUGGUCUGGAGCCCGCUUGGUGGACCAAACGGUACGAUUAUAGUAAGUGAUGCGGAUCGAAGGCAGGUGUAUACGAACUCUGCAGGUGGCGCGUUGGAUAAGUGGGAGGAACAUGCUACGCCGGCCGGUGCGGUGUACAGUCGGGCUAUUCAGAUCUUCAAUAAGAGGCCGAAUCAUCUGAUGAUUUACGGAGGUGAGACUUACGACGAUAGGGGUACGGGCAUUCACACACCGUUUUCGGCGACGGUCGUGAGGCUGGAUGAGGUGCUUAAGGCGCCAGGAACGGAGUAA